GUGUUUCAAUGCAAUUGACAUUUCUCGUCUAUUCGUCUGGAUAUGCAUUGCUCCGUCGUACCAGUUGUAACUCCGGCGGGAACAUCCGGCGUCGUCUUCGAGCAGUACUUUGUUUGAUUCUCGCCGCCGGCGGAGGUCGGGCCGUGGGCUAGGGUUAGGUGAAUAUGUUGGUGAAGUAUAAAUUUUCGGUUAAGUUACUUCAAUUUCUCAUUUAUUACAAACUUGGCCCACGGUAAUUUUCGGUAUUGCUAUUUAACUCUUCCUUUCCCCACAAGUCAAACAAAUUAUCACACACGCAUAUAUAUAUAUAUAUGUUUGACUGAGAUGGUGCUGUGGCCAUACUCUCCGCCGCCGAAGCAACUCACCGUCAUCGCCAUCGUCUCCGGCGACUCUCCGGGGAUACCUUACUCGCCGUCGGCUUACUUCUCUCAUAUUGCAACAUCGGAGCUCAGCAGCCCGGAGCACAGCUCCAUAAAGGCUACGCCAAAGCUCGUCUCAGAAAAUUUCUCGAAGAUUAACAAGCUCCAAAUUCGGAACAGUAUUUGGAUAUACAUAUAUCUUGAGUAUUGUGGACCCGGAAAACGUCUUGUGCACUCCUAGUCAAAGUUUUCUAUGAAGAAAUGAUUUUUGGCUGUACGGGUUAUCGCUCAUCGUGAUACAGGACCCAAUGCUACCUUGUUUUAAACCACAGUCACCACCAUCAGCUAACAAUUAUUCACCCCCUGCAUCACAAGGAUAUUCUGUCGGGAAUUCACCAAGGACAAGUGCUCAACCCUCGCCAACCAUCAACCUUACACAAGAAUAUGCCCGGGCAAUUCAAACUGAUUCUUAUAGUGAGAUUAGGCAAACAUUUGAUGAAGCUAAUGGUGCUGACCAAACUGUAGAUAUUGAGCAUGCAUACAGUUUUGAGGAAUCUCGGGUUUUGGAACAGGUUCUUCAACCAAACCAGGAGUAUGUGAACGAAACACUUUCACUUAUUAGUACCAAGUCGCUUUCUAACCUUGUUGCUAACUACUUUGGACAUAGUGAAGACACUACCCACUUUUGCUACCUUCUCUACCAGAGUGUCCGUCGAGCUCGUCAGCUCUACAUCCCUAUUCAUCAACUUCUUGAUGACAUUCCCCUGGAACUAAACUCCGAUUCUUACAGACUCUCACAAUCCCAAUGCAGCUUGGCCUAUAAUGUGUUUGUUCAAUUCGACCGUGUGGAGAACCCUUUUCUCUCUCCCGAUUCACAGAAAUUUGAGGAUAUGAGGCGGUGCUUCUCUGAUCUCAGACAAGAACUAGAACCUCAUGUGAGAAGAUCAAAGCCGAGGAUCCCUCUCAUGCAGUAUUUUUCGGCAAGGCCUGUUUUGUGCGUGAUGGCUGCUGGCGCUGGUGUGGCCAUAUCAGCUGUAGCCGUAGCUACCCAUUUUGCCGUUGCCCUUGUGGGAAGCCCCAUAUGCCUUGCAUUUUGUUAUCCCGUCACGAGAAGGGAAGAGAAGGUUGAUCCGGCUCUACUUGAUGCUGCAGCGAAGAAUGCGUAUGUCCUUCACAAGGAUUUGGACACCAUCGAGCGGUUGGUUGCUCAGCUGUGCGCUGAUGUUGAAGGCGACAUGCACUUUAUACGCUUGGGAUUGGAGAGGGGAGACGACAGCUUUUUCAUUCAGGAGAUGCUGAAGCAGCUUCGGGUACAUCGUCAAAGUUUUGUUCAACGGCUCGAGAGUCUUGAGGACCAUCUGUUCCUUUGUUUUUAUGCUAUAAAGCGGACCAGAUCUCAACUUAUUCAAGAAAUCCAUCUGCAUCAAAAUAAUCCAGUCUGAUAGUCUCAUCAUUUGAAGUAAG